CAAUUUGUGUCGUAUAUGACCAUAUCCUAUGUGCAAUGUCAAAGGAGUAUUGAGAAGCGAAUUCGACAAGACAGAGCGGAGGAAGUGAUGGCAAACCCCAGAAGGAACAGCCAGAGCUUAGAGAACCCAUUUCAUGGUCAAAGCCAAAGCCAAAGCCAAAGCCGAAGCCUAAGCCUAAACCAAAGCGUUUCAUGGUCAUCACUUGUACACUUUCUGAAGAAGCCCCAUGCCUUGCCUUUUCUGCUCUCAAUCUUCCUUCUGCUUACAUGGGUCUCUCUCAGGCUCCAGCACUCCUCGUCCUCUCCUCAUUCUCAUAAUAUCAAUACACCAUUACAGAAGAGCAUCAAGGACGACAGCAAGGCCAAUCUCGUUAGGUUCGGUUCUGGGUUCCCCUCUCGGAUUGCAAAAGAUAAGCGGGGAUGGUUGCUCGACCCCAUUUCCCUUGCCCAACAAUCUGGCAUUUUGGGUGGAGCUGUGAUUUGUGCUUCAAUCCAUCUUGGAGAAAUCCGGCCUGGUGCUUUAAGGGGAAACCACAGACACCAUUCUUGUAAUGAAACGUUUGUCAUAUGGGGAGCAGAAACAAGGUUUAGGCUGGAGAAUGAUGAGGUAGAUGAUAAGGGUUACGCUGAAGUCACCAUUGCUGCAGAUGAGGUUGCUGUUGCAGCUAGUCGAAGCGGAACUGCCCACGCUUUAAUAAACAUAGAUCCGGUUCGGACCACGUACUUCAUAGGGUGCCAGGACAGUGUCAUAGAUUAUAACAGCUCAAGUACUGAUUUUAAUGUCUGGGAAAGUCUUAAGCAUUAGGAGCUUCUGGUGUUGCAUGUAGGAGACUUAUUCAGUGAAAUGAAAUAUUUUUGUGUAUGAAGUA